UCACAGAAACUCAUGGGGACCCGAGAGUAAAAAGUUUCAAAAACAUUGAGUACAUUUUGUAUACUAAAAAUAACGAAGGUGUAGACGUAAAUAUUUAAUUUAUUAAAGAAAUUAAUUUAUUUUAAAUGUUCUGACUAAAAUCUCCAGCUCUGACUACCAAACCACUAUGUCAUCAAAUGACAGCUUACCUCCAAACCCUGCAUCAGCAGCAACCAUACCACCUCCCCCUGGGUUUCCAGCAGCAGCACCCGGGUUUGUAGCACCGAUGCUACCCACAGCCUCAUUUAUUCCGCCAUCACUUCAUUCUACCUCAGGUCCACCAGGUAUCAUGCCUCCACAAUUUACGAUUCCGCCUCCAGGAUUCGGUUUUCCAAUGGGUGCGCCAGCGGCUCCUCAUCAUCACGCCGUCAUAGCAGCACCUUCACAAAUAACCGCCAGUGCGAUGGUUAAUUCCCAGCCACCAGCAACACCAGCAGUUGAUUCCGCGUUGCCAGCAUCAGUUCCAGUUACAGAAGUUGCGGCAACAGUUCCAGCAGCUGCGGUGGCUAAAAAAAGCGACUGGUCUGAGCAUAAAGCACCAGAUGGUAGAACGUAUUACUACAACGCGACUACAAAACAGUCACUGUGGGAAAAACCUGAUGAUUUAAAAACUCCCAAUGAACUUUUACUGUCCCAGUGUCCUUGGAAAGAGUACAAAUCUGAAAAUGGUAAAGUUUAUUACCACAAUGUCAUAACUAAGGAAUCUAGAUGGACGAUACCAAGUGAAUUGGAAGAGUUAAAAAACAAAAUAGUCGCUGAUGAAGUAAAUGCAGCAGCUACCAAGUCAUCAACACCAUCAGCUAUUGAAGGAGACGCGCCCUUGCCAACAACCAAAUCAACUAGUCAGGAUGUUGGUGGUGCUAAUGGUAAAUCAGCUAUUGAACAAGCGAUAGCAGCAACUUUAGCGGCAAUAAACAUUCCCACGCCUCCGAAUACCACCGCGACGUCAACGAACUCGACAACUGCCACGACCUCGACGCCGGCAAUCACUAAGCUGGUAGCCGCUGAUGAAGACAGCAAUAAUUCUGCUAAAGGUUCAGCUAACGGAGCUGCCAGUGGUGCUGGCAGCCGCACCAGUACUCCAGAGCCCAAGCUGCAGUUCAAAGACAAAAAGGAGGCUAUCGAGGCUUUCAAGGAACUUCUCAAAGAACGAGAUGUUCCUUCCAACGCGACCUGGGAGCAAGCUGUCAAGAUGAUACAGAACGAUCCCCGGUAUCCGCAGAUGAAGAAACUAAACGAGAGGAAACAAGCCUUCAAUGCCUACAAGACCCAGAAGCUGAAGGAAGAGCGGGAACAGGAACGACUGAGGCUCAAAAAAGCCAAGGAAGAUCUCGAACAAUUUUUACUGGACCAUGAUAAGAUGACCAGCUUUACUAAGUAUUACAAAUGCGAAGAAAUGUUUGGUAAUUUAGAAAUUUGGCGCGCUGUCGGUGAUGCAGAUCGUCGUGAUAUUUACGAGGAUGUUGUAUUUAGUUUGGCCAAGCGCGAGAAGGAAGAAGCCAAGCAAAUGAAGAAGAGAAAUACCAAGAAGUUGGCGCAGGUACUGGACACUAUGACCGAUGUCACUUAUCGCACUACUUGGCAAGAAGCCCAAGCUCUGCUGCUUCAGUACUCCCCGUUUGCUGAAGACGCUCAUUUGCUGGAGAUGGACAAAGAAGAUGCGCUCCUAGUUUUUGAUAAUCAUAUAAGACAGCUGGAGAAAGACGAGGAAGAAGAAAAGGAACGUGAGAAAAAACGACGGAAACGUCAGGAACGUAAAAAUCGCGAUGGAUUCAUCAGUCUGCUCGAUGAACUCCAUGAGCAGGGUAAGCUGACGUCGAUGUCACUUUGGGUCGAAUUGUACCCGAUGUUGUCUGCUGAUCUUCGGUUCUCGACGAUGCUCGGCCAGCCGGGCUCGACUCCUCUAGACUUGUUUAAAUUUUAUGUCGAGGAUUUGAAGUCGCGGUUCCAUGAUGAAAAAAAAAUAAUACGUGAGAUAUUGAGGGACAAGGGCUUUGAUGUCCAAGUCAAUACGACGUUUGAAGAAUUUGCUACGGUUGUUUGCGAAGACCGCAAGUCAGCGACUCUCGACGCGGGAAAUGUCAAGCUGACUUAUAAUUUACUGCUGGAGAAAGCUGAGGCUCGAGAGAAGGAGAGAAUAAAAGAAGAGACCAAAAAGUUCAAGAAAUUGGAGGCUGCUUUUAAGAAUCUGCUUAAAAGUUUACCGGUUGACUAUCAGAUGAACUGGGAGGAUGAUGUCAGACCCACGAUUGAAGACUCCAGUGACUUUAAGGCCGUUGGAAGUGAGGCUGAGAGGCUGAGGAUAUUCAAGGAGUAUCAGCAUGAGCUGGAGGAGAGCUGCAGCCAUCAUCAUAUCAGGAGCAAGAAGAAGAAACCCAAGAAAGUUAAGAGGAAAUCGAGGUCCAGGUCUCCUUAUAGCGAGCAAUCAGCUGUGGCCAAUGACGAUGUUGCUAGCGAACGCGGUAAGAAGAAGAGAAUGAAGUCGCGAUCGCUCAGUAUACAGAGCAAGUCUGAUGACAGCUCGGCGGAGUCAACUGGCGAGACCACCAGCGGCAGCAGAAGGUCCAAGAGACCCAGGAAAACUAAAAAGAAACGCGGCCGCAGUCACUCGAGGUCUCAUUCCCGGAUGCCGACUUCUUCUGCUGAAGAAGAAUCGCCCCCGCAGAAUGAACGCAAGAGAAAAGAAGACAAACGAGGCAGGUCGGGCUCCGUGGCUGUUCCUGGUCCUGAGUACAGGGAGAGCCCAGCCAAUGGAGGACACAAAGAAGUUUCCCAGCAUCAAGAAUUGUCUGAAGAUGAGUUGGAGAACAAACGCGCUCAGUUGCUAAGAGAAUUACAAAUGCAACAAGAAGAUAAUUGAAUUUGUCUUUAUAAAUAAUUUUCAUGUCAUAUUAAUUGAUUUUCUUAAAUUCACAUUCAUCUUUAAUUAUUAGUUGUCAAUAAAUAUUAUUAUUAAUUAUU